UAUAUACCAUAGAAACUCCUGAGCUCUUCUUCAAAAGUCAAUUCUCUCUCUAUAUUUCUCUCUCUAUAUUUCUCUCUCUCUCUCUCUGCGUGUAGAGCUGAAGCAAAGAAUCCAUUCUUGCUCUUGCUAUUGAAGCCAUCGUACUGACAAUUUUCGCAUGGCAAAUAGGCAUACCAUCAUUCUGAUGCAGACCUCUCAAAAUAGAUCGACUAGAACAUUUAUGGAUUAUGAUUCGAUAAGUCAAGCUAUGGAUGGUAUAUGUGGACUAUAUGAAAGAAAACUUAAGGAACUAAAUCCAGCCAUCAGAAAUAUCACUUAUGACAUUGCAGAUCUCUACAAUUUCAUUGAUGGCCUUGCAGACAUGAGUGCUUUAGUUUAUGAUCACUCAAUUCAGGCAUAUCUGCCAUAUGAUAGACAGUGGAUAAAACAGCGGACAUUUCAACACCUUAAGAAAUUGGCGCACUAGAUGAAACGCUUACUGACCAUAUUAUCUAAUUUCUACCAAAGUUUUUUGUAGAAUUAAAUCCAUCUGCAAAGUGCAUAUUUGAAUUGUCAUUUUCAUUUUGGGUUUGGCUCUCAAUCCCAACUUGUUUGAUGUGGCAAUUGUAUCCUCUCUUUCCUUCUCGCUUCUAUGUGCCUAUAUGAGUGAUAACACUGGCUGUUCUAUGCUAAAUUUCUGAUGAGAAUUUAUUGUUGUUUAUUUGGUCAGUGUAUCCUUUUGACGAAUAUUAUUGUUUACGAGGUUUGACCUGGUAAAUAUAUUGGUUGUUGCAUGUA